UAAUAAAUGUGCCAAUAUGCCAAUAAAGAUUAAAAAUAAAAUUCUGAAGGGUUAACACAAAAUCAAAACAAAUGUGCAACUGCAUUAAAUGAUAUCGUUAGUUAUUUUACUGCAAUUGUGUAAGUUUUGAAUAAAAACUAGAAUCGAAAGUGUUUAUUUAGGCUAAGAAGCAUGGCAUUUAUUAUUAAGUUUGCAAAAAGUGUUCGAAAUAAUUGGAAAAAGUCAGUAUUUCUCGUUAGCGCUGUCUCAUACGGUGCCUCCUACUCUCGAGAGAAAUACGAAAUCAAACAGCUUAUGCGAUACUACUGCACCGAAGCAGCUAAAUAUGGUGAUGUUCAGAUUGCCGCUAAUCAACCACUUCAAAAGGUUUUGAUUCUGCUCAAUCCAGCAGCAAACAAAAAGUCAUCAGAGGAUGAUUUCCACGAUUACUGUGAACCAAUUCUGCAUUUGGCUGGCUUCGAAGUGGACGUUGUGAAAACCGAUUCCGAAGGUCACGCACGGCGCUACGUUGAAGAGUUAAAUUCGCUUCCGGAUGCAAUUCUAGUCGCCGGUGGGGACGGAACAGUCUCGGAAACAGUUUCUGGUCUCAAAAGACGUUCAGAUGGAGCUCAAUGCCCGAUUGGAUUGCUACCGGUGGGAAGGACAAACAAUUUAGCCAACGCCUUAUUUCGAAGCAGUCCGCAAAGAACGACGCUAGAGGAUGUUCGAACAAUGGCCAACGCUGCAUACGCCAUUGUUGCAGGGAAAAAACAUAAAAUCGAUGUAAUGAGGAUUGAAGUAUUGCCCAACGAGAUAGACGAAAAAGUGCCAGAGAAACCGGUUUAUGCGGUUGGCAGUUUGCAUUGGGGAGCGUUCCGUGAUAUUUUAGAGCUUCGAGACAAAUAUUGGUACACUGGAUCUUUGCGAGAAUAUACAGCAUUCCUGUUCAAUGCUUUCGAUCGGCAACCCACGUGGAGUUGUAAGGCGAAAAUGACAAUCACAGAACCUUGCACCGGCUGUAGAAAGUGCUAUAAGGAUAAUCAGCUACAGGAACCGAAACAAGAGGGCUCAAGUAGAUGGUGGUCGGUAUUUUUGCCGAAAGCGAAAGCCACCACACAGUCGAUAGAUUAUUCCAAAAUAGUAAAUGAUCAAUGUUCCAUUCCAAUCGAGAUGGAUGUUGAUCCGUCUGAAUUCAUUUUGCAAACAUUAAAUGCCGACGUGGAAAAAGAACUAGACAAACCGAAAUUAUCAAUAACUUUUAGUCCAUCAGUCGAUUCCGGGUUUAGCUUUUUAAAGGAAAGUUGGUCGAGAUUGUGGAAUCGAAGGUACACUGAAUGUCCCGUUGAGAAACAUAUUGAAGUUCGUACCGUAGAAUUGAUUCCGGCGAGACUGAAGCCGUCAGAUAGCGACAAAGAUCUAUUUUAUUCUAUCGAUAACGAAGCUUAUGAGGUUAGGCCAGUGCGAGUGACACUGAUUCCAAAGGCGGUCGAAAUUUACGCGUUUUGAACGUGUUAAUAAAAGUUAAUAAUUCUAAAAUUUCAA